UUGACACUGCAACCCAUGGAAACUGUGAAAAAUGUCCGACGGGGACUUGGCCUAUCGAGUGAACGGGUGACUAGAAACUACCGGCAAGGCCGUGGUAUCCACAGGAAAAACACCCAAAUUGACCCGGAAUUGCGGUAAUGAGGAGCUUGGCGGGCGGGAAUUAAGGCAUUGAAACAGAGGACCUUGGAUCUUUCUUUAGGAGCCCUCUGGCUCAGGAAGUUCAGGUAAUGCUCUGUACCACGAAAUAUGGAGCCUGGGCAAACCUCGCGCCCCUGAAGCCGGCGGGCUUCUGAAGAGAUCAUUUCUUCAUGGGCCAAACCUCUCCAGCAAUCUGACCCAAGGUUCGCUGGAAUCGAGCAUCGACACGAUGGGGACGUGAGCAGCACGCAAUGCGGGGCUUCGAGAGCCGGAGCGAUGUCACGUCAUUCCCCAGGUCACACACAAACACACACACUCCCAAGGCCAAACAAACUCGACACGAACUCACGCUAACGUGGACUUACUUGACAAACCUCCUUCGCGUCUUGCAAACGCGACGAUCAUUCCCAGGUCAGUCAAUCGACAUCACCCGCUCCCUCGGUGACCAUUUCGGGUGUAGGGGUGGUUGUGUCUGGCCGAGCACGCCAGUGACUGGUAACAUGGCGAGGUCCUUAUUCCCAGCACCUAUAGCGUCGACGUUCGACACAUGUCUCACCCCUCCUUUGCGCGCCAGCAAUUUGGAGCAGGACAACUACCACUGGCCGCUCGUUUUGAUCCACUCGCCGACCCGAGCAGUCGGUCCCCGGGAACGCCGAUCUGACACGCCUACGCCAACCAAGCCAAGACUUCACGUCGCCAUCCCUCCCCACUCGUCGGGACUACUCAGUAGAGCUCGGGUUCCUCGCGGCCAGGAACCCCGAGAGGCGCAACCCGGCACCGGCGAGUAUGACCGACGUACGAGGACUAGAAGCAACCAUGGUCUUCAGAGUCGCGAGUUGCGAUUUCGGACCAGCUGUCCUUUGGAUGGCUCUGCUCCUGGCGCCAUUAAGUGAUGGCAACGGGUCAGGUAGUCGCAACCUGGUUCUGGAAGCAUCACGCAACCAGGUAAUCAACCAGGUGCAUGUUUGGCCCUAAGCUGGAGUGGCAUGUUGAACCCCCCCAUUCCCUCACCACAUUAUGGGGGCACAGCAUCCAUAAGUCGCAGUUCACCGGGCAGAUCGGCCAAUCAACCAGACACGUUCCCAGAGGGACCAGAGCCAGCCUGUCAGGACCUCUCU